UUCAGUGUUCGGCAAUCCGCAGUGCGGGUAGUGUUUUUUCUUUGCGGGGAAAGGCUGCUCAUGCUUUGCUGGAUAAUGGAUCUACAUGCACAUACAUAUUGAGUGGAAGCAUCGCAUUCCGUUUCCGAUCACCUUGAUUUGAAUGCUAAACAAAAAUCCAUUGGAUCCCAGUCUGUAUGGUACACAAGUCACCAGUGAAUAGAAGCGCGUUGGACGUUUUCUCCCUCUCCGUCUCUCUCUUAGUCUCGGCUGCUGUGUGGGAGCCAGAGGAAUUUAAUAAUUGAUCCCUUUUUGCCAGUGUAUUGGAGGAUACAUAUGCGAUCCUGCUGCUCCUGUUGCGUUUGACAUAACAAGUCACAUAACAUACGUAUCAGACCAGACCAGGCUCGGCCCGCGGUGAACACGUUAUUGGGGGUACGGCUCGGCUCGCGGUGGAUGUAGGCAGUGUUGUUGGCUGCUGCAGCAGCGAACGGGAACGAUUACGAUUCUCGAUCAGUACGAGCAGUGUGUGCUCUGCCUUUGGCUUCCCCAUUCCUUGUGAAUUGUUGAUUUGCACAUCGCACGGAUCGGCUAGUCUGGUUACAGUGUGUAGUAGUGUUGCCUCAGUUUUAUUCUCUAAUUUAUUGCUUCAUUGAGUUUAUCGGGUGGAAAGCAGAGAAAAUGGGAUGGACAUGGACUGGAUGAUUUUCAACCUUUUUGCUCUUUGAUUGCCACCGUUUGUUCUUGCAGCGCCUCCAUCACAGUCGUCUUCGUCUUUUUAUCCCGUGAUCUUCCUCUAGUUGUAUCUUCUUUAUUACAUUUACCGGUGACGAAAAGAAUGGCGGCGAAAGACGCAUCCAGCGCCUCGGCUACGCGGUUAUCUACCACGGACCGUGUCAUUAAAAGCGUGGCCGAACCUCCAGCCCAUCGAUUGGGCAUGAAUGAAGUGUAUGAUAGUCGGACUAAUCGCCCACGAGCCGAGGUGCUCAAACAGCAUUUUAUAAUCGAAGGACGACUGGAGGAAAGUGUAGCCUUAAGGAUUAUCAAUGAGGGCGCAGCACUGUUACGCUCUGAACCCACCAUGAUCGACAUUGAAGCCCCUGUCACAGUGUGCGGGGACAUACACGGACAAUAUUACGAUUUGAUGAAGCUAUUUGAAGUUGGAGGUGAUCCAGCCAGUACCAAAUACCUUUUCCUUGGUGAUUACGUCGACCGUGGUUACUUCAGUAUUGAGUGCGUUUUAUAUUUGUGGUCGUUGAAGUUAACGUACCCGGAGACGUUGUUUCUGCUACGCGGCAACCACGAGUGUCGCCACCUGACGGAAUAUUUUACAUUCAAGCAGGAGUGCAAAAUGAAGUACUCCGAGAAGGUGUACGACGCCUGUAUGGAAGCCUUCGAUUGUCUACCAUUAGCUGCGCUGAUGAACCAGCAGUUCCUCUGCGUCCAUGGUGGACUGUCUCCCGAAGUGCACUCCUUGGACGAUAUCAGAAGGCUGGAUCGUUUCAAGGAGCCUCCGGCUUUUGGGCCCAUGUGUGAUCUUUUAUGGUCGGAUCCUGUUGAGGAUUUCGGCUCGGAACGCAAUCAGGAACACUUUAGUCAUAACACAACCCGUGGUUGUUCAUAUUUUUAUAGUUACGCGGCAUGUUGUGAUUUUCUGCAUCACAACAAGCUGUUGUCCAUUAUCCGCGCCCAUGAAGCCCAGGAUGCCGGUUAUCGUAUGUACAAGAAAAGCCAAAACACUGGAUUCCCUUCACUGAUUACCAUUUUUUCGGCUCCGAAUUAUUUGGAUGUUUACAAUAAUAAAGCGGCGAUAUUGAAAUACGAAAAUAAUGUAAUGAAUAUUCGUCAGUUCAACUGCUCACCGCAUCCAUACUGGCUACCAAAUUUCAUGGAUGUCUUUACGUGGUCGCUGCCUUUUGUUGGCGAAAAAGUGACGGAAAUGCUUGUUGCAUUGUUGAAUAUUUGCUCGGACGAUGAACUGGCGGAUGAACAGGAGACCGCCGAAGGUCCGAGUGUCCGGAAAGAAGUCAUCAAAAACAAGAUACGAGCCAUUGGCAAGAUGGCCAGGGUUUUCACCGUUUUAAGAGAGGAGAGCGAAAGCGUCCUGCAGUUGAAAGGUCUAACACCAACCGGAUCGUUGCCACUGGGAGUGUUGUCCGGUGGAAAGGAUACUCUUAAAACAGUGCUGACGGACUAUUCGGCCGGCAACGACAUCAAGACGUUCGACCAAGCGAAAGCCCUGGACAAGAUCAAUGAGCGGAUCCCGCCGGCCCGUCGGCUGCCCGCUGGGGCCGGCGACGCCGUGGCCGUCAAUCACGCCGUGGCGGCCAGUACGCCGGUGGGCGUGGGCAAUCCGCUGACCAAUCCCAGUCUGAGUCGUUCCUCGUCGGCCAGCAGCGGCAGUUCGGCAGCCGCCAGCGCCGGCCAGAGCACUAACCCGUCCAUGCCCGCGGCGGUGGCGGUCAAUGUCACCGGGCCGCCGCCGUCGUCGGGCAACGGACCCCUCUCGUCGUCCAAAAAGUAGAAACACGCGACGCUUUCAUCAAACUCGACGCGCGCGCGCAAUCCCGGAUGAAGAGAAAGAUGUGUUGCGUGGUGCUGCGAGAUUAUAGUUCUAUUAUUUUACACAAAACGGGAGCGCUUCUCCUCUUUUUUUUUGCUGGCGGUGGUGCGUGGAGGGGCGGAGUGGAUGCGGGGGAGUGUUUUGUGGCGCUGGACAUGGAGAGAUAAGAUGUACCUCUACAAUUGUGUUUGGAUGAUGUUUUUUUCUUGGUGUAUUUAUUGUAGAUUAUGCUCUCCGGUAAAUGCGCGGGGGGAGAUUUUAGUCGGAUGUUUUCUCUUUUCGUUCGUUCGUUCGUUGGUGUGUUUUUAGGUCCCCAGUGGAAUGUGUUUAUUUAUAGCUUUUUACGAAAUGUAACACUUGUCUCUCUCGUGUUCCGGGGGGUUGUAGGUUCCUCUUUCUGGCAGUUUUGGAUGGUUUCUGGUUUUGUCUAUCUCUCUCUGUUUUUUUUCGCGGCUAGUUUAAAUCUUUUAACACGAAGAGUAUACGCUACUUUUACAAACUGGUGUUGAUUCUUUUUCGUCCGGAAUCUGUAACUAGUAGUUAUAUCCCCGUGAGAAAUUAUCCGAUGCGGUUGCUGCAGUUCUGGUGCUUUUUAUCGAUGAUAAAGAAAACUUUCCGUUGA